CUCUCGUUGUUUCUUCCCUCUCUUCCCAGUUCCCUCUGCUGCUCAAGAUCUCCUGCUGCUCCGCCCUCCUCUCUAUUGCUCCAUUGCCCUAUGGCCCUAGCGUAGCAAGCCGCCCCUCCGCAGCAGCUCCUCCAACGUCGGCCAGCGGCAGGGGAUUGGAUCGAAAUCGGACCAGCCCCUUCAGCUGGUAGGUUUCGCAGUUCAUCUCCGCUUACGGUUACAGAUCAUGGCCGAAGAAAUUGAUUCAAGCAAGCUAGGUCUCCCUCACAAACAACAAGAAAUCAAUCCGAGGGGCGGAUGGAUCCGCACUUCCAGCAGCACACGAGGGGAAUUGGGAGAGGUCCACGGCGGCCAUGGCGUGCAAGCGCCCGUGGCGAGGAGCAGGCGGCGGCCAUGGCGUGCAGGCGCCCGUGGGGAGGAGCAGGCGGCGGCCAUGACGUGCAGGCGCCGUGGGAGGAGCCGGCGGCGGCCAUGGUAUGCAGCCGGCGGCGGCCAUGGGAGCAGAAAGAGAAGCGGCGACCAUGGGACUCUCGUGGGCCCAGAAAGAAGAAAAGAAAGGACAACGUUUGUGGGAGGGGCAAAAUGGUCAGCUCAUGUUGCACAUAGAAGUAGAAAAUGAAAAAUGUAUUGCAAAAGAGUGAAAAGGCAUUCCAGCGUGGUAACCAUGUUUCAUAAUGGCAAUCUGGCGAAGUCCAAUUAUUAGAUGGCAUUUUGGCAAAGCCCACUUUUGAUAAUGGCUAAAUCCCAAAUUUUUCCAAUUUUGGUGGUUUUGAAAUGGCUAUCCUUGAAAAAAAAAACUUUGAAACGACUGCUUUGUUUCAAGUGCAUGUUAGACUUCAUGGAUACUUCUCAGGAGCAAGAGAAGGAUUUUGGUGUACUGCUGAAGCAGGGGGCCGAAGGGAGGGUAUUUGCUUCAACAUUUGUGGGACGAAAAUGUGUAAUCAAAGAGCGCUUUUCGAAGAAGUACCGGCACCCAUUGUUGGAUGCAAAGUUGACCCUAAAGCGCUUAAAUGCUGAAGCUCGGUGCAUGACAAAAGCAAGAAGGCUUGGUGUUCCUACCCCAGUUCUUUAUGCUGUGGAUCCACUUCUGCAUACUUUGACCUUUGAGUAUGUGGAUGGCUUGUCUGUCAAGGAUAUACUUCUUGGGUUUGGUUCAAAUGGGGUUAAUGUGGAACUCCUGAAUGAUAUUGCCACACAGAUAGGACAUGCAAUUGGGAAAUUACAUGAUGGAGGCCUUGUUCAUGGUGAUUUGACUACGUCAAACAUGAUAAUCAAGAGCAGCAACAAUCAACUGGUUCUUAUUGAUUUUGGUCUGAGCUUCACAUCAACAAUUCCAGAGGACAAAGCGGUGGACCUAUAUGUGCUAGAGAGAGCUUUGAUUUCCAUGCAUUCGUCCUGUGGGGAUGUGAUCGAGAAGAUCCUGGUGGCGUACAGGAAGGCCUCGAAGCAGUGGUGCUCCACCCAGAACAAGCUGGCUCAAGUGAGGCAACGGGGCAGGAAGCGCACAAUGGUGGGAUAAAACCUGCGGCCCGGAAAUUCUAAACUAAGGGGGCAUUCAAAAAACUCCUGCAUCACCCCAUUUCGUUGCUGUGUUUUUAAGCGAUCGAGUGGCUUUGCCUGCCAUGGCAUCUGUACUGUACCUGGAAUCAAGUGUUGCGCUCCCUCAUUUGUAUCAGAAGUACGUAGCGUUGCUCUGGACUGUGCAUUGAGAGACAGACAUGGUUAUGCUGGACUCUGGUUGUAUGUGCUGUUAUUACGUACGUAGGCGAGCUUGUGUGGGCUUUAUCUGACUGCGGUCGGUAGGGUGUGAAGAUGUGACUUUUAGAUGCACCUCCAA